GAAACACAAAUGAAACACAUUGUCGUCGUCAAUUUUGUUGACACAAAAAACCAAAAAAUAAUUUUUUUAACUAAAUAAUUUGUUAUUAAUAAUAAACAACCGUGCCUGGAAAGGAGAAUGUCUGAGCCUGGAAAGAAGAUUAAAAAAUUCCAGCAGCAAAAUCAGCAACAUCGUUUGGGGAAAAAAGUCCAAAUAGCUCGAAAGGAUCCUCCUCCAAAGGAGAAACCAGAGGACAAGAAGCCCAAGAUACUUCUGAAGCCGAGGGAAAAAACAGAAGCAGAUGAUCACGAAUCUGCGGGCCCAACGACAGCUAAACCAAUGUUGCAAAAUGUGCCAAAGCCAGCAGAAGUUCCAAAAGAAGAGGAAUCCAAUCAAGUUCUGGAGAUGACAAAACCUUGUGAACUAGUCUUUUCGAACUUUGAGGCAAACAGGAAGGUUGCAGAUUACCUCAAAGACUCAAAUGUUUUCUUCCAAGUUAUCGGUGUGAUUGGAACGAAGGGCAGUGGAAAAUCAACAAUCCUGAACUACCUCGCACAGGGUGGAUACAAUGUAUCAGAGCACACACAGGUGUUCCCGGAACACAGGGAUGGGAGAAAUUCUAGUGGAUUGCAAAUGUUCAUAACGAAAGACCGGAUAUUUCUGCUAGAUUUCCAGGAAUCCUUCACGAAUGAAGCGGACACGAUUAAGAUGAUAAUGUUUGGACUGUCGUUGUGUCAUGUCCUUCUAAUUGUACAAACAGAAUUUAUGGAUAUUAAUCUAAUGAAACACUUGAUAUUCGCUGAGAUGAUGAAGUUCAACACGGGCCAUACUGUCUCCCCUGAAGGACCCAAUUUAAUCUUUGUAAAGAACUGCACGACAGCUGCCCAAGAUAUGGCUCAUGAAAGUUUCAACUUGUGGCAAAGGACACUCGAGAAAUUAUUUAUAAACUCCCAACUGAAAAUUCACACAGACUACGUAAAAGAUUCGGGCAAGACAUCAAAAAAUGCUGUUAAAUGUAUUAAGCAGAUAAAUUUAAUUGAAUUCCCAAAUCUACGAUGCAAGAACUAUGUGAAUUCCGUGAAUUUGGAGAGUACGGUUGAGGAGUUACUUUGCACUGUCUUUAAAUACCUCAAGAAUCCCCUCAGAUCUCAGCCAACUUUCACGGAGAAAAUGUGGUGGCGAAUUGCAAUGAGUCUCGUUGAAUCGCACAAGACGGAAUACUUUCUCCGGAAAUACGAUCAUCUUACUAAUGUAAUUAACUCAACAACAUCAACGGGCGAUGGACACGGCAAGGACCGCUAUGUUCUCAACUAUCACGUGGACGCAUAGAGGCAGUUGUUAAGGCUGGUUGGUUAUAGAGCGAGAAUAAAGCGCGUAUGCGUGAGAGCAACAUCCUCAAUAAAAUUACUGAUAAACCGUUGCAAGAAGA